UGUUCAGGCAACCGUGGAAAACAUAUUCUAAAGUGAAACUAUAGCUCAAUUAAAAUUUAAUAAUCUUUCGGAAAUAAUGGCUAAUUACACGGAUCUACGAACGGUAGAGUGGACAGUAGCGUCUUCGCCGAUACCAAUUCUUUCUCUAUCGCUAUUCUAUAUAUACAUCGUCUAUUUCGCUGGUCCACAAUUCAUGAAAAACAGAAAACCGUACUCGUUGAAAUGGGUUAUACGAUGUUACAAUAUUUUGCAAGUAGUUGCAAAUUUUUAUCUAGUGUGUAAAGUCAUGGUAUAUGCUAAACCGUUAGCUACCGUUUGGAGAUAUUGUGAGUCAUUUGAUGAUUUUUACGGUCCUGACCUUGAGAAGAUAUUUGAAAUAAUGGUGUUCGGAAUGUCACUUAAAUUUUUUGAUCUCAUUGAAACCAUAGUGUUUGUACUGAGGAAAAAAAACCGCCAGAUAUCAUUUUUACACACGUACCAUCAUCUUUCCACGAUACUUUUUUUGUGGGGAUCAGCGAGAUACUACAUCCAUAGUUUUCUUAUGUGUAUGGCGUUUCUCAAUGGUAUUGUACAUACGAUAAUGUAUUCUUACUAUUUUCUGAGUACUUUUGGACCGAAUAUGCAACAAAAACUACUACCACUCAAGAAACAGAUGACUACUAUACAAAUCGUACAUAUAGCAUUCUUGAUGGGAGUCCCUCUACGAGCCUUGGUACCUAGCUGCGGUAACUCGGACGUGAAAUUGUUCUCGGCCCUAACAAUUUUGAAUGGCAUUGUGGUCAUAUCAACCUUUUUCCAGUUUUAUUAUUCUGCUUAUAAGAAAUCGAAAAAGGCCUGAUUGUAAAGUAUGAAUGUGUUGAGUGUAUAAUAUACACCGUUAUUAGCUCGACAAAAUGUACACUUCCCACCUAUUUAUUGCGAUAAAAUAUUAAAUAUGUCCACGUGAG